GUAAGGGGGCAGUAAUCAGUAAUAGGAAUUCAUUGGAGAUACAGGGAACAUCAGAGGAAGGUAGUUUGGUUGAAAAAGUGGCAUGAGCUAAUCAGUUCUUAGAAUUUUGCGUAUGAUGAAGCAAGUUAAAUGUGGAAAUCGUGAGGUUAAAAGUUUGUGACGGUGGACGUCAGGCACGGACUCUCCAUCCCGGCAAUGCCAAUGAACUCAAUCAGUGAAUGCAAAAGAUCAAAGAAACUGAAAUUCAUAUAAAUAGGCUGAUCACCUCUGCACUGUCCUUUUAGCACCAUUUUCCAUCUAACCUCUACAGAGAUAUAAGGGCAAGACAAUCAAGAUGUCGGCGGAUGUUGACCAAGAGAUCUAUGAUGACUGUGUCACGCCUGUCAAACCUGCCGUCAUGGAAAAGCCAAGUGUGAAAAACAUUGCAGCUAUGUUCGGGGGUGGAGGCCCUGCGGGCCCAAAGCCAUCUGUAGGGGCCAAAAACAGUGGGAAGCCAGUGGCAGUUGUGACCCCGUCCAAAACAGAAACAGGCCCCUCAAAAGUACCCUUAAGGACAGGCCCCAAACCUUUCUCAAAUUCAAAUGGUGAAGUGAACAACAAGACCACCAACACAACAAAACCUGGAGGCAAAGUGGCCGUUCCUGGGGCAUUUAGUUCAUCAUCUAAUGGUUCAGCUUCAUCCAAUGCUACAUUGGCUGGUUUAAGGAACAGUUUGAAACCUGUAGGAGGUCCUAAGGCUAAUAAUACUAGUACUUCAGAGAAGCCGAGCACGUCUGUGAUUUCUGCAACGGCAAAAAAGUCCCCACCUUUCGUUCCAAAGUCAUCAACUGAAACGCCGAUAAGCAAACCACCGGUAACCAAGACACCAAAAUCACCUUCCGUGUCGCCCAGUGCCAAAUCAUCCCAACCAAAAACAGAUUUAUGUAUACUAGUAUCAGAUGAUAACUGUAAGUUCCGACUGAAAGUCAUGCCAAAGGUGAUUGGAAGUCCUCCCAUCAAACCAUCCAAGUUAAAACAUGUGGAUUUGUCAAAAGUGAAAAGUUCCCAGCCGCCAGCUCUUCCCCAAAGACCUGUACCAAAAGCAGCUCCCAAAUCAUCAGCAGAUGGCAAUUUCGAUGAAGUCUACGAUGAUGUGGAUAAUGUGGUACAAACUACGGUUAGACCUGUAUCGGAUAUAAAAGAGUACACAGAGGAAGAAGAGCUGGGAGAUGUGAGUGGUGGCCAUGUAAACCAGGAAACCUAUGACGAUGUGGGCAUUGCUCCACCUCCUCCAGUACACAGCCUGCCACAGAAACCUUCCCUAUCAAACUCUUUCUCAGAAGGAGAGACAUACGAUGACUGUGCUGUCGAGGGUGCUGUUCAUAUAGAGGGAGAAAUGGAUGAACUAUAUGAAGCCCUGGAUGACUUUCAGGCAAAGGCGAUAUCAACUGCUAAAGAUGACAAAAAAGAUGAAAAGACAAAAGAACGAGAAAGAAAAGAAAAACGAGAGAGAGAAAAACGAGAAAAGGAUGAAAAAGAAAGACAGAAAAAGAUUGAGAAAGAGAAGAAAAAGGAGAAAGACCUUUGGAACAGAUUGAAGAUAACUGGGAAUGAAGUUCCUGUAGCAGACGGUAAAGUUCUGGAGAACUCCAAAGGAGGGCGUGAUAAUUUGGCUGUGAAGAAGGGACAGAACGUGAACAUUAUACGUAUGACUGAUUGUCCGCAGUACAAAUGGCUGGCUAAAUCCCAGGACGGAAAAAUUGGCUACGUGGACAUCUCCAACAUUGAGGUAGAUACACAGGGUAUUCGACAUAUCAUGACAGGCACAUUGAAGACAAUUAAAGGGGAAGUGCAAAGGGAAUCUGUCAUGGGGGAUUUUGAAGAGGUAUAUGAUGAUGUGGCCAUUGCAGAAGACCCAGACCAAGAUAUCUAUGAAGAUACCAUGUAGAAGAGUGUGUGCAGAAACAGUUUGCAAAAACUGGUGCUAUAUUGAUGAAGUUACCAUAUAGAACAGUGUGUGCAGAAACAAUUUGCAAAAACUGGUGCUUUAUUGAUGAAGAUACCAUGUAGAACAGUGUGUGCAGAAACAAUUUGCAAAAAACUGGUGCUAUAUUGAUAUCAUCAUGUCAUCCAAGUUUUAAUAGCACUGCAAGUUCUUAUUCUUCAAAUCAGUUUCAUCUAAGAUAAAAUCUUGCAGGAUGAUCAGCCUGUCAUUGACAAAUCAUUGGCCUUUUAGAAAUUGGUCUUUUCAGCUUCUACCUUUCACAUUUUUUGGUUCAUUAUGAAUGUCCAUUGUAAUCACACUUCAGAAAAUGACCAGCAGUCAUGUUUCAAAAGCACUCUGUAGUUAUUGUACAUGGAAUUAAACGUUCACAUUUAUUCAUUACUGGAAAUCUACUACAUGUAUUACUUGUUUUAUAUAAGUUUCUGAAUUAUUAACACAAACCUUUAUGCGCCUUUCAAAUGGAUCAGUAUGGAAUGUUGUAUUAAGAAGUGUAAUAUUAUUUCAUACGAAAUGUUUAUUUUUCUGAUAUUGAACUGAUUUUCAAACGUUAAUCUUAUGUUCAUGUAUGUUAUUUCUUUUUUCAUUUGCUUUUGUUUUGAUACUUUUGGGUUAUCUUCUUGAAGUUUUGAAUGGAUAAUUUUCAGUUUUUGUUUGCUUUUCCACAAAUGUCAUGUUAGGUUGAUUAUUAUAAUUCCUGAGAAAUAAUUAUAAAAAGUUUAUUGUUAAUUUUUUUUUUCGUAUACAUGUACCAUAUGAAAUGUCAGUUUGAUACAUUUUUUACAGUAAAAUCAUUUUGUAACCGUUGAUAUUUGGAUACUAAUGGAACUGUUUGGAUACAGCUUGCCCUGGAUCCAAUGCAGCUUAUUUUGUUGAAGUUGUCAGACUUUUUGUGAAUUUCUAUGCAUAAGGCUUGUGUCUGUCUAUGUUCCUGUUUAGGUACAUGGUUUAGGGCGUGUAUCUGUCUAUGUUCAUGUUGAGGUGCAUGGCUUAGGGCUUAUGUCUGUCUAUGUUCGUGUUGAGGUGCAUGGUUUAGGGAUUGUAUCUGCCUGUGUUCCUAUUGAGGUGCAUGCCUGAGGGCUUGUAUCUGUCUAUGUCGUGUUCAGGUGCAUGGUUUAGGGCUUAUAUCUGUCUAUAUUCCUUUUGAGGUGCAUACCUUAGGGCUUUUAUCUGUCUAUGUCCUUUUGAGGUGCAUGGCUUAGGGUUUAUAUCUGUCUGUUCCUGUUGAGGUGCAUGCCUUAGGGCUUUUAUCUAUGUCCUGUUAAGGUGCAUGGCUUAGGGCCUAUAUCUGUCUAUAUUCCUUUUGAGGUGCAUGGCUUAGGGCUUGUAUCUGUCCAUGUCCUGUUAAGGUGCAUGGCUUAGGGCUUGUAUCUGACUGUGUGUCUGUUAAGGCGCAUGGCUUAGGGCUUGUACAAGUGUGUAUCUCGUUCCUUGUGAGGGCCAGUAGUUAAGGAUCUCUUUGCCUUAUUCUCCCAUAAACUGCUAUGGACAAGUGAAGUCCAUUCCUACCAAAUUACUCUUUAUAUACAUGCAUUUUAAAAAACAAAAAUAUGCAUGCAAAUAACAUCUAUUUUAAUAUUUUCACCAUGAUUAAAAGUUUGUGUCAUUUUCUUGUAAGAUUAUAGCAUUUUAUGGAAAAUUUUAAUAAAAAAUUUUUUUUAUGAUAAUCUGGUUGAUCACUAGAAUGACAUAAGAAUUAUUCAGAAAUAGUUGUUGAAAUGAAGUGAAAGUGCUUUAUACUUUAGACAUGUAUACUUAUAAAAUGAAAUUUUCACAAGGAUUUGGUUUUAAAAAAAUCAUAAACACUCUGAGUUUUCUGAGAAGUGAGUAGUUUUUGAAAUACAACUUAUUUGUACAUUUGGUGAGAACAAAAAGCAAAGAUAUGAUCUGGAGGAAUUUGUGUUACCUGGGUAACAUUGUUUUAUAGGAGGUAGCCUAUUUUUGAUAUGGCAUUAUGCUAUUUUUGAUGGAUUGUGUACAUAUACGAGUUUUGAUGUCUGAUAUUUGUAUUGCAAAGUAUAUGAGCUGUUUGUGAUAAGUACAUAAAUGGUUGGUUACACACUGCAAAUACACGGUCUGAAAUUGUUCUGACCAAACUGUGUAAAAACUGCUGAUUAUUUUAGAGAAACUUGGUAAUUUCAACAUAGUGUUGUCAUAAUUUGAAAUGUACUGGUGAAUUUAAUUGAAACCAAGAAAAAGGAACUUCUGUUCAUUGUGCACAUAAAAUCAACCGUGAUGGCUCUGAAUUCUGCAAUAACUCAUGCCCCCAGAUGCCUGCUGACUGUUUGGCAGGACAAAUUUGACUU